AUGUAUAAUGAUAUUCUAAAUUUCCGACAACGAACCCACAUUGCGGCUGGAAAACACUUGAGGAAAUGUGAUUGUUCUUCAAGAAGUGAGAUUGGAUUGUCUGAGGGUCACAUCCAUUACUAUAUCAAUGACGAUAGUAACAAAGACGUUAUCACUGUCGGUUACUCCUCCGCUAACGCUGUUCCGAUUAACUUCGGCAUGAACUGCGGCCGUGAGCAUAAACGAGAGCAUACGUUGUUCUUGGUUGGAUUGCAGAAAGUAGGGAAAGAAUAUAUGGGAGCUGAACAUGAACAGAUCGCAACUGCAGUCGACUCGACUAUUAAUGUGAAAACGAAUGGAGAUAUUAUGACUCUUAUAGUUGGAGCAGCUAUAACAAAUAAAGUAAGAAAUGAAUUCAUUGAAGACACGUCCAUACAACGCAGUCUUUCAAUUGUUUUUGAAAGGAAGUCAGAAUUAAGGCUGGAGGGGCUUGCCCAUAAAGUACAUCAGUGGUAUUUAUGCAGAAUGGAGGGAUGGUUUGCUGCUGAUUCUGAUACAAUUUCACUGAAUGGCUGGGACCGGGUGGGAAGAUGUUUUUUACAAACGUGUGGAAUAUUAUUCAAGGACAGUGAAAAAAGUACUUAUAUUCUUUUUCAAAAUAUAUCAAACCACGUGUAA